AUGCUUAGUGAUUGUUUUGAUUCUCGUGAAGAAUCAAAAUAUUAUUUUGGUAAUAUGUUAAUAAAACCAUUUGUGAUCCGAUGUGACGAACGUGAAUAUCGCAAUAUUGAUGAUGAUAUUGCAACAACAAAACUCGUCUAUAAUGAACUUAAACGGCGUGGAAUGGUAACAACAUAUGAAAUAGUAAUUUUACUUUUAUUUAAUAAACGUUCAAGUUGGACAGUUGAACAAAUGCAAGAUGAAACACAAAUUAAUGUUAAUUUAUUCUUGCAAAUUCUUUAUAAUUUAUUGAAAAGUAAAUUGAUUAUACAUUCAGAAAUUAAUAAUGAUGAACUUCAAAAAGAUUUCAACGAAAAUUAUAUUAAAAUGAAUUAUAAUAUUCAGAUAGCAAAUAAUUUUAAAAGAUUAGAAAUCCUAAAAGAAUUACUUCGAUUUCAAUCGAGUGUUGAUAAUGUUGCAAAUGCUGUUUUUGCUUGUAGAGCUCGAGAUAAACAUUUUAAAUCGAUUGAAAUGUAUACCGAAGUAAUACAAGAUUCAAUAUUUGGUUUCAUUGAUAGUGAUAAACUUCAUUUUGCAUUAAAUCGAAAUUUAUUUUACGUCAUAUGGAAAUAUCAAAUAAUCCUGAACAUUUGUUCCAAUGAUUUUUCAUGUAUUGAUCAUAAUGAAAAUUCAAUUCAAAUAAUGGUUAGUGAACAAGAUUUAGUUGAUUUACGUGCUAAAAGUUCAAAAGAAUCAGCUCGAUUAAUCAUUGAAAAAUGUGCUCAUCCAAUGUAUAAAGAUCAAUUAAGAGAUUAUUUUGAACAUGCACCACGUUUUUCAUUUAAUCAACAUAUAUCACAUGAUCUUAAACAAGCUCUUUCAUGGCAUAUUAGGUUACAAGAAACUGAUUUACUUCAUCCAGAUCAUCAAACAACUACUAGGCAAUUCUAA